AUGAGCAGGGGUCAGACGGAGACACAGACUCUAAAUUAUGAACUGGCCAAAUCAACAGAAAAGCGGUUCACUGACGUAAUCAAUAUUAUCCACGAGCUGCUGGAAGCCUGUAUAAAUGCCCAGUACUUUUAUGGAAAAGAGCUGGAAGAAAUAAAGAAGAAACAGGAGGAGAGUCAUUUGAGGAAGCAGUCAUCAGAAGAAGCCAUUAAACACUCUGAGAAGGCAGUUAAAGUUUUGGAAAAGGAAUUGGAGGAAGCUCAAGAGACCUGCAAAAAAGCAAUAGAUUCCCUCCCUGAUGGAUGGAACAUGGUGGACAUGAAUCUUGUUGAAGCUCUGACUGAACAUGUCACAGAUCUUGUGACUGGACUAACAGCUAUAGCUCUCAUUACUCAACCAGCACUCCAACCACUUGCUUUAACAAGAAUGUCCAAUACACUGGGUUACAUCAGGACUCAAGGUCAGGAUAAAGACACCUUUGCAGAUAGGGUUGACGAGAUAAAUGUCUACAGCAAGUCUGCAGAAAUCCUGAUGUGCACAGAGAAUAUUCAGGUGUAUGUGCAAGAGAAUGACAUCGACUGGAAGAGCCUCUAUGAUCAGAAGAACAAAGCAGCAAAAACAGAUUUCUUUAAAGAGCAGUUCCAAAGAAUCAAAAGCAAUUUAGAAAAAUUACCAGAAUGCAAACCAAAGCAGUGCGCCCAAGAGUUAUGUGAAGAGGACAUGAAUGUCUGCAGAGAACUGGCAACCUAUGCACCAGACGGAAAAUGUGAGGAAGCUAAAACAAAGGAGUUAAUUGAGAAAAUCAGAAAACUGACUGAAUCAGUCUGCACUUUUGACUGCAGAAGCAAAGAUGCCACAAAAUCCUCUUCUCUGACUCAAAAACCACCUAUGAUAUCUAAUGAAGAAAGUAAAUCUGAGAAGACAAGUGCUUCAGAAAGAGCAACAGAGAAUGCCAGGUUCUGCAUAGAGCAGAGCCAAGCUCAACUGAACAACACCAGAGAGCUCUAUGAGAAGAGUGUGGAGAACAUGGAGAAAAACCAAAAGGAACUGACUGAAAUCCUGAUCACCAUGAGGAACUGUGAAGUCAAAGAGAUAGACUUUAACACCACCAUACAAAUGCUGGUCAGAGGGAUGGAUGCCAUGGGGAGAGUGAAGGUGCAGUGGGAGAAGAUGGUGCGCUUCUUUCAGAUGGUGUCCAACAUUGUGAAAACCAGCCUGAGCAGAACUCUCAAAGAUUUUGUCUCCACAUCUGAGAAGACUCAGUCACUUUCCUACAACUCAAAGCUCUUCUCUAAAGAUCUGCUCUACAGUCAAGCAUUUCAAGCAACUAACAUCGCCAGCCUCGUCCACAUGACCUCAGCAACCUACACUGAAGUGUCUGAGAAGUAUCUCAUGGAUCGUGUCAGCUCACUGGGGAAACUUAUGGCCAUGGACAAGGAAAAACCAGAGUUUGAACAGGAGCGUCUGCAGUUACAGAACUCCUGUGAUGAAGCUCAGAAAGGCAUUUUACACCUUGUCCUUAAGAACAAAGCUGAGUUUAAUAAGAAGAUUGACACAAAACUGGAGAAGAUUGACAAAGAGUUGCUGGCCAUUCUUCCCUCUGCUGCUCCAGAAGAGAUGAAGAGCAUCCAAGCAGCUGUUGAAAGUGGAUUUAGUCAGAAAGUGGAUGAUUACUACUGA